AUGUGAAAAUGUUCUUAUAUUACAUAAUUUUGAUGCCAAAUUGGGAAAUUUUAGAUGUGCUCGUGAAGCAUCUAAAGAAACUAGAGAUCUUAAAGAUAUUGCACCAGAUAUUAUUCGUUGGAUGGCACCUGAACAGAUUGAAAAAUACGUACAUCAUGCUAAAAAGGGUUAUACAUAUCAUUGUGAAAUGUUUAGUUUUGGAAUGCUUAUUUGGGAACUUUGUUAUGAAAAAUUGCCUUAUCUUAAUUGGAAUAUCACUAACAUAUCAAAACAUGUUUUGGAAGGUAAACGAGAAAGCCUUUUACGUGGAAAAUUUGACAACCCUCAAGAUGCAAAGAUUCAAUCAGAAUUUAUUAAAAUAAUUACUGGAGCAUGGAAUCAUAUACCAAAUCAUCGAAUAAAAAUUGAUAUGUUAAAUAUUAAACUUGAAGAACUAGCUGUAACCUAUCCAAUUCCACCAGGAGAACCACCACUAUUAAGUAAUAAAACUUUAAAGUUUGAGGGAGGAGAGGAAUCAAUUGACCUGGUGAUGCCUCUUGAAAAAGGAACCGAAUUUCAUAAACGUAAAGAUUAUAAAAAGGCAUGGCAAUGUUUUGAAGAAAAUGCUAAACUUGGAAAUAAAGAAGCGAAAUAUUGGAAAGGAUAUUAUUUAUCUAAUGGGUAUGGUGUUGUUGAAGUAGAUCAGAAGCAAGCUAUGGAACUUUUUGAUGAAGCCGCUGAGAUCGAUUAUCUUGAUGCACGGUGUCGAUAUGCAGUUUUAUUGCUUUCUAAUCUUAGAAAAGACGAUGAUGAAGCUACUAAAAAAGAUAAUAUUGCUAAAAUUCUACAUUAUUUCACUCUAUCAGCUAAUUAUGGCAAUUACGAAGCAAUGUAUUAUUUAGGAGAUAUAUAUGUAAAAGGAAAACUUAGGGUGACAAAAAAUAAAGAAACUGGAUUAAUAUAUUUGAGGUUGGCAGCACAUAAUCAGAAUAGUAUGCAAAAUGAUGCGAAAAGAUUGUUAAAGGAAUUAGGUGAAUAG